GUGCGAGCAGCACGUGCCUGUCUGCCGCCAUCUCAUUGGCCAGCAACCCAGUCCGUUUCCUGAAGGGGCGGGGAGAGCGCGGCGGCGUUGCCGCGGGAACGGCCGCGCCGGGCAUGGCUGCGGGGCGGCACCCGCGAGCCGGGAACCUCCAGGGCGGUCGCAGGUGCUGCCAGCAGCCGGCGAUGCCGUGGGUCAGGCUGCUCCGUGGGCAGAGGGAGGAGCUUUUGUGCUCCCGGGUCGAUCUCCCGGCUGCUGGUGCCUCAGCUGCAGCUCCCGAGUGACGCUCCUGCGGUUCCGCUGCUGCGCGGACAGAGUCGUGGGAAAGGCCGGUGCAGCUGCCGCGGCUUGUGCUGAAAAUGCUGGGAGAGACAAAGCCCGUCGUGGUGAAGAGAGACCUUUACACAGACCCCGCGUUUCCCGCCAGCGACACCUCUCUGUUCUUUGACUGUUGCACCCCACUUGCCCAGUUCAGAGGCCAGAUAUCUUGGCUGAGACCGAAGGUGAGUGUUAAGGACAUUUGUUCUACUCCUCGGUUGUUUUCCAACAAUCCGCAGGAUGUGCAAGUGAAACAAGGAAUUUUGGGAGAUUGUUGGUUCCUGUGUGCCUGUGUAGCUUUGCAGAAGAGCAAAUACCUACUGAAUAAGGUGAUCCCCCCAGGUCAGCCCAGCUGGGCAGAUGAUUCGUACCGAGGCUGUUUCACUUGUCGGGUCUGGCAGUUUGGGCGCUGGGUGGACGUGACCAUCGACGAUCGCUUGCCUUGCCUCGGUGGGAAACUCUGCUUUUCCCAAUGUCAGACGGAGGAUUUGUUUUGGCUUCCACUGUUGGAAAAAGCUUAUGCAAAAGUGCACGGGUCCUACGAACAGCUGUGGGCAGGACAGGUGGCAGAUGCUCUGGUUGAUCUGACUGGAGGAAUUGCUGAAAGAUGGACCCUGAAAGGCCCUGGAAGAAACGUGGAGAAAGAGAAGACUGGCACAGUUUUGGAGAAAGCCGUGUUUAGGAGAUUAAUGAAUCUGAAGGAACAGUGUGUAAUAAGCUGCUCAGUCCUCGAUUCCAGACAAGGUACAAGUGAACGAGGAGAAUUUCAUGCCUUUAUUGUGAUAGACGUGUUGAAUCUGUCUGAAGCGUCAGGCAGGGAAAUCUUCCUACUACGAAUCCGAAACCCUUGGGGGAGGCGGUGCUGGAGUGGUCCCUGGUGUGAGGGCGGUCAAGGCUGGAGCCGGCUGGAUCCAGCAGUUGCCUCGGAACUGCUCUCCCAGAUCCAAGAGGGGGAAUUCUGGGUUGAUGAAGAGGAGUUUUUCAGGGAAUUUGAUGAGAUCACCAUGGGCUUUCCAGUCAAUGAGGAAGGACAGCUGCAGAGCCUCUAUUCAGAGAAAGUGCUGUAUCACUCGCAGAAUCUCUUUGGCUCCUGGGUGAGAGGCCAGUCUGCAGGUGGCUGCCGUAACAACAGCAGCUUCCCCACCAACCCAAAGUUCUGGCUGAGGGUCUGUGAAAAGAGCGAGGUGUGCAUUGCUCUGCUGCAGAAACACCGGGAAUACAGAGCUGACUGGGCUGGAAGAAGGAGAAAUCUGGCUCAUUUAGCAGAGGAAAAGCUGUGUUUGACUGAAGGCAUCCAGGGGAAGAAUUACCAGGCUGUGGGAUUGCAUGUCUGGAAGGUGGAGAAGAAACGAUUUAACCUUCCCAAGACCCUCUCUGCUCCUCCGGUUGUAGGUACCGUCUGCCAUUCCUAUGACAGGGAGGUGCAUGUGUGCUCCGACCUGUCGCCUGGCUUUUAUCUUGUUGUUCCCAGCACCUUUCUGAAAGAUGCAGUGGGCAAUUUCUUGCUUCGUGUGUUUUCAACAGGAAGGAUCUCUCUCAGCGAGCUGAAGCCACCGCCCAGAGAUGCCGCCCUCUGUGAAGAGCUCCCGCCAGGUGAAUGGGAGACAGUGCAGCUGCACGGCUGCUGGAAAAAGGGACAAAGUGCUGGAGGCAGCAGGAACUUCCCCUCAUUCCACAUCAAUCCCAGCUUUCCCCUCUCCAUUCCUGCAGGACCAGGAAAAAGCAGUGUGAAAGUUACCCUGCGUCAGCACUGCCAGGAUAGCAAGUGCCGUCCUAUAGGUUUCCAUAUUUUCCAGGUGCCGGACAGCAGCUGGGAGCCACAUAGUUCUUAUGUGCAGCUGGAGCCGCUGGUGAGCUGUGUCCCUCACUGCCACGCGCAGGAGGUGACGCGGCUGUGCCAGCUCCCCCCGGGCAGCUACGUCAUCGUGCCUUCUACGUACCUGCCCAACACGGAAGGCAGUUUUACAGUGGUCAUAGCAACCAAAAUAGACAGGAAGCACAUUCACAGCCGGGAGACGCUUGGACAAGUAUUGCAAGAAAUGUCGUUUACAACCAUCAUGAAAAGGUGACCUGGAAUUCUCACACUGUCAUUUCAAGAGCCAUUGGAAUGCUGUUGUCAGUUUUAAAUGGAACAACACGAAGACACUCUUGGCCUGGCUGUUCUUCACUGGUACCAGCUGUCAGGUCUACAACAACUCUUUGUAAAAAUACCUCCUUAAUCACGUAUACCCUGAAUAUUUGUUCUUCCUGUGUAUUUUAGAACUGGCAUUGUACAGCAAAUCUUCAUAAUGUACCUCAGUUCUUCAGAAGUGCAAGUGAAGAACAGGUGCAUGUGUUAAGCCAAGCUACGGUUUGGGAAGAAAACCAGAAAUGUGCAUUAUGACAUAUGAAACAUUUAAAAUUUUUUUUAAAAAAUCAGUCUUACAGAAUAACUUCAGGAGACCAAAGGGGUAACCCUCGAGGAAAGAAAGAAACUGGAGUAUUUUUUUUCAGGAUGGUUCAAGAACCAUCCAAAUACACUGGAAUAGAAGAAGUUGCAGCUUGUGUCCUACACUGCCAGUCAUGCUGCUGAGCACUUUACCAUGGGCCCUUUGCUGAACCAUGCAAACGGUGGGUUGAAAAGAAAGGAAAAAAUAAUUAAGACUUGAAAUCUUUUGUUUAUGAACUAUCAGGUGAAACUGCUUUUGUAAAUCUGCAAGAACGUGUUUUAUGGAAGAUCUGUCCUCAGUGUAAAAAAGACGAUGUUUAAGAGCUUUUUCUUAAUUUCUGUUCAAAAGUAUUUCUUAUUCAAGGAGGAUUUUUUAGAUGUUAUAUUUUCCUCAAUAAAAAUGGAGUGAUGUUAAAAAAUUUCAACAUGUCUUCUAUUAAAAAGGUGAAAACUGUCAA